GCAGUCGCGGGGUGUGGCUGCGGCUCUCGGACCGUGGCCGCCCGCCAGCCUGCACCGCAUCCAUCCUUGUGCUUCCUCCCUCCUCCGAGUCCCGACCAUUUACCUGGUGCCUCCGACAGUCGCAGCUGCAUUCCGAUUCUAGUCUGUCUCCCCAGGGUUUUACUGUUCCUGGGCUGCCCUCAUUCCUUUGCAAUCCGGGUUGUGUCUGGGGGCAUCUUCUGCCAUUGCCGGGUGUCCGUAGCGACAGCUCUGGGCAGGAGCUCUGAAGAAGUCUCCGGGCCGAGGUGUCUGUCCGGGAGCUGCCAUCACUGGAUCUGGGCGUCGUCAUCCGGUGGGAGAUGGACCGAAGCCGCGCAUCCGUGAGCCGGUGCACUGUGCUCCUGUGAAGUCGUUUGCGCCGGUCUUCUUUUUCUCUCGAAAGAGCACUGCUCUGCUCUGGCGUAUGGUGGUGCUGGGGAUUGAACCUGAGACCUCAAAGUUGCAGGUCCGAAGUAAAAGCAGGAGGCAGUGAAGCUGGAGACAGUGACUGUUCCUGGUGUCUCCAUGAGCACCUACGUGCAGGGGUCGAACCCAGGUCUUCAUGCAUGCGAGGGUCAUGGCAGGAAAAGUGAAGUGGGUCACCGACAUUGAGAAGUCAGUGCUGAUAAAUAACUUUGAAAAGCGAGGAUGGAUCCAAGUGACAGAAAACGAGGACUGGAAUUUCUACUGGAUGAGCGUGCAGACCAUCCGAAACGUUUUCAGCGUGGAGACUGGGUAUCGCCUCUCAGAUGACCAGAUCGUCAACCAUUUCCCGAACCACUAUGAGCUGACCCGCAAGGAUCUGAUGGUGAAGAAUAUUAAGCGGUACAGGAAAGAGCUGGAAAAGGAAGGAAGCCCACUCGCAGAAAAAGACGAAAAUGGAAAAUACCUCUAUCUGGACUUUGUUCCAAUCACCUACAUGCUGCCCGCUGACUACAACCUGUUUGUGGAGGAGUUCCGGAAGAGCCCUUCUAGCACGUGGAUCAUGAAGCCGUGCGGCAAAGCCCAGGGCAAAGGCAUCUUUCUCAUCAACAAGCUCUCACAAAUCAAGAAGUGGUCCCGGGACAGCAAAACCUCCUCGUUUGUGACUCAGUCAACGAAGGAAGCCUAUGUGAUCUCUCUGUACAUCAACAAUCCGCUGCUCAUUGGUGGGAGGAAGUUCGACCUGCGCUUGUAUGUCCUCGUGUCUACCUACCGCCCCCUGCGCUGCUACAUGUAUAAACUUGGAUUUUGUCGCUUCUGCACAGUCAAAUACACGCCAAGUACCAGUGAGCUGGAUAACAUGUUUGUGCACCUCACCAAUGUUGCCAUUCAGAAACAUGGGGAGGACUACAACCAUAUCCACGGGGGCAAGUGGACCGUCAGCAACCUGCGGCUCUACCUGGAGAGCACCCGGGGCAGGGAGGUGACCACCAAGCUGUUCGACGAGAUCCACUGGAUCAUCGUGCAGUCACUGAAGGCCGUGGCCCCGGUGAUGAACAAUGACAAGCACUGCUUUGAGUGCUAUGGCUACGACAUCAUCAUCGACGACAAACUGAAGCCCUGGCUGAUUGAGGUGAAUGCCUCACCGUCGCUCACCUCCAGCACUGCCAACGAUCGAAUCCUGAAGUACAACCUCAUCAACGACACCCUCAACAUUGCGGUUCCCAACGGCGAGAUUCCAGACUGCAAGUGGAACAAGUCCCCCCCUAAGGAGGUGCUCGGCAACUAUGAGAUUCUGUACGACGAAGAGCUGGCACAGGGGGACGGAGCUGACCGAGAGCUGAGAGGGCGCCCGGGCCAGGCACUAGGGCCCAGAGGGAUCCGCUCAAGAGACAUGGGGAGAACUGUCCUCACAACCUGGAAGUGAUGGCCAGCAGGGGCAGGAGACCCCACAGCAGACCCCAUCCAAAACUGCACACUGUUCUGGCUCUGUCCUGCUGAAUACCCAUUUUGGAACUUCCCUUUUUUCUAGAACCUCCCCCAGUCCCCCCCCCCCCCAAGCAAUGUAAAUAAAGACACUUCUUUCAAAGGUUAA